AGUCUACAUACAACCAAACAUAUACACAUAAAAUAACAAGUAACUUUAAAAAAAAAAAAAAGGCAGGAUGUGAAUUUGAGCUGACCUGGAAGGCUUUCAAGUGGAAGCAGGCAUGGGGGGAAAACCACGUUAGCAAGAAAGCAGUUCGAAGUCAGGUUCAUGGUGUCCCCAGCAAAUGAACACAGAUCAACUCGCUUUAUAUUCCGGUCUCAAAUUACCACCACACAUAAGGAUCUUAGAACCCUGGUGGGCUGUGCAAAUGAAACAGUGCAUGGAACUAAGCGACCAGUAGGAGCGGGAAAGAACCAGAAACAGGGCACACGACACAAGUCGCGUGAACGUCGAGGGUGGUCAGAGUAUGACAGAGGUCUGAAGACCAACAGAACAGAGAUAUAGAAGCAACCAGGUUCACUAUAACCCAACUGAGCUAGGUCCUCUAGCGCCACCAGCAACGCAGCCGGAAAUGCUGCAGCCCUGUUUCCUUUAGCGUCAGGACGCUCGACUCGGGGCGGGGCGGGACGGACUCCACCCCCGCGGCCAGGCGGGACUUCCGGCAAGGGAGUGACGGGCGCGGCCUGGGCGGCGGCGCAUCCUAAGGUGGUGGCUGCCUGAGGUGACAGCGGCCCGUGGACUCGGGCACCAGAGCGAGCCGCGCUGGCGGCGGCGGCGGUAGCCGCGAUGAUGGAGAUCCAGAUGGACGAGGGAGGCGGUGUGGUGGUGUACCAAGAUGACUACUGCUCCGGCUCGGUGAUGUCGGAGCGUGUGUCGGGCCUGGCGGGCUCCAUCUACCGCGAGUUCGAGCGCCUCAUUCACUGCUAUGAUGAGGAGGUGGUCAAGGAGCUCAUGCCGCUGGUGGUGAACGUGCUGGAGAACCUUGACUCGGUGCUGAGCGAGAACCAGGAGCACGAGGUGGAGCUGGAGCUCCUACGCGAGGACAACGAGCAGCUGCUCACGCAAUACGAGCGCGAGAAGGCGCUGCGCAAACAGGCCGAGGAGAAAUUCAUCGAAUUUGAAGAUGCCUUGGAACAAGAGAAGAAAGAACUCCAGAUCCAGGUAGAACAUUAUGAGUUUCAGACGCGCCAGCUGGAGCUAAAGGCCAAAAACUAUGCAGAUCAGAUUUCCCGACUGGAGGAGCGGGAGUCGGAGAUGAAGAAGGAAUACAACGCGCUGCACCAGCGGCACACGGAGAUGAUCCAGACCUAUGUGGAACACAUCGAAAGAUCGAAGAUGCAGCAGGUUGGGGGAGGCGGCCAAACAGAAAGCAGCCUGCCCGGGCGGAGUCCUCGCCAGUCGUGGAGGAAAAGCAGGAAGGAGCGUCCCACCUCUCUGAAUGUCUUCCCCCUGGCUGAUGGAAUGGUACGUGCACAGAUGGGGGGCAAGCUCGUGCCUGCGGGGGACCACUGGCACCUGAGUGACCUCGGCCAACUACAGUCCAGCUCCAGCUACCAGUGUCCAAACGAUGAGAUGUCUGAGUCAGGCCAGUCCUCAGCAGCUGCAACACCCAGUACCACAGGUACCAAAUCCAACACACCCACAUCCUCCGUGCCCUCAGCAGCUGUCACACCACUCAACGAGAGCCUACAGCCCCUGGGGGACUAUGGCAGUGUCACAAAGAACAACAAACGGGCCCGAGAGAAGCGCAACAGCCGUAACAUGGAGGUCCAGGUCACCCAAGAGAUGCGGAACGUCAGUAUUGGUAUGGGUAGCAGUGACGAGUGGUCCGAUGUUCAGGACAUUAUCGACUCCACCCCAGAGCUGGAUGUGUGUCCGGAAACCCGUCUGGACCGCACAGGAAGCAGCCCAACCCAGGGGAUCGUAAACAAAGCUUUUGGAAUCAACACCGAUUCCCUGUACCAUGAACUAUCUACAGCGGGGUCUGAGGUCAUCGGGGAUGUGGACGAGGGAGCUGACCUUCUAGGGGAGUUCUCAGUGCGCGAUGAUUUUUUUGGAAUGGGCAAAGAAGUGGGGAACCUGCUGCUGGAGAACUCACAGCUUCUAGAGACAAAAAAUGCUUUGAAUGUGGUGAAGAAUGACCUCAUUGCCAAGGUUGACCAACUGUCAGGAGAGCAGGAGGUACUGAAGGGUGAAUUGGAAGCAGCCAAGCAAGCCAAAGUCAAGCUGGAGAACCGAAUCAAAGAGCUUGAAGAAGAACUGAAAAGAGUCAAGUCAGAGGCAGUAACCGCCCGCCGUGAGCCCAGAGAAGAGGUGGAGGAUGUAAGCAGCUAUCUCUGUACAGAAUUGGACAAAAUCCCCAUGGCCCAACGCCGACGCUUCACAAGAGUGGAGAUGGCCCGAGUGCUCAUGGAACGUAACCAGUACAAGGAACGCCUCAUGGAGCUGCAGGAGGCUGUGCGGUGGACUGAAAUGAUCAGAGCAUCCAGGGAACACCCAUCUGUCCAGGAAAAGAAGAAAUCCACUAUCUGGCAGUUCUUUAGCCGCCUCUUCAGCUCCUCAUCCAGCCCCCCUCCGGCCAAACGGUCCUACCCGUCUGUGAACAUUCACUACAAGUCACCCACUACAGCUGGCUUUAGCCAGCGUCGCAACCAUGCUUUGUGCCAGAUCUCAGCCGGCAGCCGACCCCUGGAGUUCUUCCCUGAUGAUGACUGCACCUCUUCUGCCCGGCGUGAGCAGAAGCGGGAGCAGUACCGCCAGGUCCGUGAACACGUGCGCAAUGAUGACGGGAGGCUGCAGGCCUGUGGGUGGAGCCUGCCUGCCAAGUACAAGCAGCUGAGCCCCAAUGGAGGCCAGGAAGAUACCCGGAUGAAAAAUGUGCCUGUCCCUGUGUACUGCCGCCCUCUGGUGGAGAAGGACCCCUCAACAAAGCUGUGGUGUGCUGCUGGUGUCAACCUGAGUGGGUGGAAACCAAACGAGGAGGACUCUAGCAAUGGACCCAAGCCUGCACCAGGUCGAGACCCUCUGACCUGCGACCGGGAAGGAGAAGGCGAACCCAAGAGCACCCACCCAUCACCUGAGAAGAAGAAGGCAAAGGAGGUCCCUGAGGCGGAUGCUACCUCCAGUCGGGUAUGGAUCCUCACCAGCACCCUGACUACCAGCAAGGUGGUGAUCAUUGAUGCCAACCAACCAGGCACAGUUGUGGAUCAGUUCACAGUCUGCAAUGCCCACGUCCUGUGUAUCUCCAGCAUUCCUGCGGCCAGCGACAGUGAUUAUCCCCCUGGAGACAUGUUCCUAGACAGUGAUGUGAACCCCGAAGACUCAGGUGCUGACGGUGUGCUGGCUGGCAUCACCCUGGUGGGAUGUGCUACCCGCUGCAAUGUACCACGUAGCAACUGUUCCUCCCGAGGAGACACCCCAGUACUGGACAAGGGGCAGGGGGAUGUGGCAGCCACUGCCAAUGGGAAGGUCAACCCAUCCCAAUCCACAGAAGAAGCCACAGAAGCCACGGAGGUGCCAGAUCCUGGUCCCAGUGAGUCAGAAGCAACAACAGUCCGGCCUGGGCCUCUCACAGAGCAUGUCUUUACUGACCCAGCACCCACCCAAUCCUCCAGCACCCAGCCUGCCAGUGAGAAUGGGUCAGAGUCGGAUGGCAGCAUUGUACAGCCUCAGGUGGAGCCCAGUGGGGAGUCCUCAGCAACCACCAGUAGUGCUGCACCCACCAUGUGGCUAGGAGCCCAGAAUGGCUGGCUCUAUGUGCACUCAGCGGUAGCCAACUGGAAGAAGUGUCUGCACUCCAUCAAACUAAAAGACUCUGUGCUGAGCCUGGUGCAUGUCAAAGGCCGAGUGCUGGUAGCUCUUGCAGAUGGAACCCUGGCUAUCUUCCAUCGUGGAGAGGAUGGCCAGUGGGACCUGAGCAACUACCACCUAAUGGACCUGGGCCACCCACACCACUCCAUCCGCUGCAUGGCUGUUGUGGAUGACCGAGUUUGGUGUGGCUACAAGAACAAGGUGCAUGUCAUCCAGCCCAAGACAAUGCAAAUUGAGAAAUCAUUUGAUGCCCACCCACGGCGGGAAAGCCAGGUACGACAGCUAGCCUGGAUCGGUGAUGGAGUAUGGGUCUCUAUUCGCUUGGAUUCUACACUUCGGCUGUACCACGCUCACACGCACCAGCACCUGCAGGAUGUGGACAUUGAGCCCUAUGUUAGCAAGAUGCUGGGUACCGGCAAGCUGGGCUUCUCCUUCGUGCGCAUCACAGCCCUACUCAUUGCAGGCAACCGUCUGUGGGUGGGCACUGGCAAUGGGGUUGUCAUCUCCAUCCCCUUGACUGAGACUGUGGUCCUGCAUCGAGGCCAGCUCUUAGGUCUCCGAGCCAACAAGACAUCCCCAACGUCUGGGGAGGGGACCCGCCCAGGGGGCAUCAUCCAUGUGUAUGGGGAUGACAGCAGUGACAAGACUGCCAGUAGUUUCAUCCCCUACUGCUCCAUGGCCCAGGCUCAGCUCUGCUUCCACGGGCACCGUGAUGCUGUCAAAUUCUUUGUCUCUGUACCAGGAAAUGUGCUGGCCACGCUCAAUGGCAGUGUGCUAGACAGCCCAUCAGAGGGCCCUGGGCCUGCUGCACCUGCUGCAGAUGCUGAGGGCCAGAAGUUGAAGAAUGCACUGGUGCUGAGUGGUGGUGAAGGUUACAUUGACUUCCGCAUCGGGGAUGGAGAGGAUGAUGAAACUGAGGAAGGUACCGGGGAUGUGAACCAGACGAAGCCCUCGUUGUCCAAGGCUGAGCGCAGCCACAUCAUCGUGUGGCAGGUGUCCUACACCCCUGAGUGAGACCCUGUCCUGCCUGAUGCCAACUGUACAUAGGACCCUGCCUGCCUGCCCCCCCGCCUGUUCCCUGGGGCAGCCAGGUUCGUCCAUCCCCUUUUAACCUCUCAACUUGCAGCUUUUGCCUGAGGUCCAGCCCCCAGCUGUUAGAGAGGGGUGAAGCAGGGUUUGGGAAGUGAGGCAGGAACAGAUGUCUUUCCCAUCAGGGAGGAGAGAGCCUCUGAGAUACUCUCCAGCAGCCCCUGGCCUUGGCCCAACACCUAGCUCAACAUGAAGUCCCAGGGGGCCCUCAGGGCAAGACAGGACCAAAAUGGCUAUGGGCGGCCCCUACAGGUGGCCCUGGCUCCACUCCAUCCUCACCAGUCCUGGCAGGAGCAAGAGCCUCACACUGCCAGGGUCUUCCCCAAGUCUACUUGCUUUGCAUGCAGCCCCGAGGAAGGGAUUCCUGAUUUCCAACCCUUUGGCUUUCUCUGAGGGACCCAGGCCUGGCCACCAUCAUCUGCCCAGAAGCAAGGUUAGGGCUGCCCUGAUUCCUGGGCCCCCCAGUCUAGGUCUUACCUGGGUACCUGGCAUGACCGCUCAGGGCCGGCCUUAGGGUAGCUGCUUCAAAAGAUGACAAUACCCAUUAACCCAGGGGAGCCCAAGAUUGUCCACCCCACACAGACCAGUGUCCCCUAAGCUCUUUCCUGGGCACAAGAUUCACCUUGGAGGAGCAAGACCCUAGUGCCCUGCCCCUCCCAGAAGCCCCAAGGGUAGAAUUUCUCAGGCUGCCAGGGCAGGCACAGGCCUCAGGAAAAAGGGUGGCCCUGGUCUCCCCAGAGUCAGUCCUAGGAUGCAGGCUUAGCCUCAGGUUAAUGGAGGAUGGUGUGCUCCAAGGGCCUGCCUCCUGUACAGGGCUCCAAGGAGCCCAGCUCCCGGACACGUACUAAGUGCCUAGGGUUGCCGGCUGUGGCCUGCUCCCUUGGAGAGCAACUGACAAGAGGCUUUCAGGCAGAGGCCAGAAGAGCUGAGGACCAGCCAGGAUGGGCACAAUUCUAAGCAAGUGUGUGGAAGCAGGUGCUGCCCUGGCCCUGGCCUUACUCUUCAGGGGCACUGAUUAGAGUCAGUGGCCUCUACUGCACUCUUCCCACCAGAGAAGCACAGAUCCAGGGGCACUGCCCCUGAGCCUAUCUGGCCACAACAAGCUGCAGCAAUGUGCAGCUGCAAGCUUCCCCCCACCACCCUGCCACCUCUCCACUGUGAUGUAUGUCCCUUGUCUGUUCCCACAGGCGUGUGAAGUGACCGGGGUUAGCUGGGUGGGUGCGACUGGAGGGAAGGGGCCAGUGCAGCUCUCCUCAGGCUUUGGCCUUGCAAGUGAACUCACAUAUCUGCUCUGUAUGUAAUAAAUGUCUUAACACUA